GUAACCCUCAAAUUCCCUAUAGAUCUGUGGUCUUCGCUCCCUGUCCCCCAUCUCUCUUUUCUUCCCCCUUUCAACAUACACACACACAACACAUCAGCAUGAGCAACCGUGGCGCAAGAGGUGGGCCACGUGGCGGUGGUGAGUCUAGGGGCGGGCGAGGAGGAAGAGGCGGGCCUGCAGGUGGCCCUAGGGGCGGAGGCGGCGGAGGCGGUGGCUACGGCGGGGGCGGGAGGGGCGGGGGUGGCGGUGGUUACCGUGGCGGCGGCCCUGCCCGCGGCGGGGGUCCGAUCAUCUUCCAACAGGACCGACCCGCGACCGAGGACCAACGGUUGGCUACCACCGCUCAGCUCGAAGGGACGCUCAAGAAGCUACCCUUCCGCGCUGAGCGGCCGUAUCGACCCGGAUUUGGCACCCUCGGUACCCGCAUCACUCUGCGCUCCAACUUCUUCCCUGUCAAGGUCCCGAAGGGCACCAUCUUUGACUACAGCAUCAAGAUCUCGCCUGAUCCUGGCGGACGGAAGACGAGGAAUCGCAUCUUCCAGCUGCUCGAAGCCAGCACUAACCAACAGUGGCGCCCGUAUGUCAACGUCGUCGCUCACGAUAGGAGCGCGCGCCUCGUGUCGGCGAAGAAGUUCCCGCAGCCCCUCGACAUUCCGAUCACGUUUGUCGACGAAGGUCGUACUCAGCCAGAUCCGCGAGCAAAGGUGUACACUGUAUCUAUCGAGUUCACGCGGGAGCUCGACAUGUCGCAGAUUAACAAAUAUACCGAGGGUGGCCAGGAAUACCGCGACUAUGAUCCACUUCCCCUCAUCUCCGCUCUCAACCUCAUCCUCCAAUACAAAGCUGCUCACAGCGGAUUCCGCGUCGGUGCUGGGCAGGACAAAGCUAGCACAGCCAGCAAGUACUUCUUCCCUACCCUCGAUCGGUUCCCCCUCGGCCCGGGCGUUGAGGCGUGGAAGGGCUUCUUCGUUUCGGUCCGGCCCGUCUACAAAGAGAUGAUGAUCAACGUCAACGCCUGCAUGUCGGCGUUCUAUAAGCCUGGCAAACUCUCCGAUGCCAUCAUGGAGUUCAGGCGGGAGUCGAGAGGCGGCAUUCCGGCGCGAUUCACGCAGAGGCUGUCGGUUACCACAACCCAUCUGGGCUAUAAACAGCGCAAGCCGGUCAGACGCAUUUUGAGCGCGACGGCGCGGACGUACAAGUUCCAGUGCGAUGAGUAUGGCGGCGGUCAGAUUUCUGUCGAGGAUUACUUCAAGCGGAAGUACAAGAUCACCUUGCGCAAUGCCAAUGAUCUCCCCGUCGUCGAUAUCUCUGGCCCAAACUCACGCAACGCGAUCAUCGUUCCCGCCGAGUUGUGUGAGAUCGAGCCGGGCCAGAUGUACGGCAAGCUCUCCGACAAGGAGACGGCGUCGAUGAUCCGCUACGCGUGCCGUCGCCCCAUCGAGAACGCGACGUCCAUCGUCAACGAGGGCUUCCCCUCCCUUGGCUUCACACCCGACACGUUCGGUGACCCCGCCCGCGCGUUCGGCCUCUCGGUGGUUGGCGACAUGGCGACCGUUCCCGGACGCGAGCUGCCCCCUCCGAAGUUGAGCUACUCGGGUGGGAAGCCGCUCUUCGCGAAGAACGGUGCGUGGAACAUUCUCGAGGUCAAGUUCCACAAGGGCGCCGACGUCAGGUCGUGGUGGGUUCUCGUCGUGAACGACCAGCGACCGGUCUUCCAGGGGCCAAACGACCAGGCGCUCACGGCGAUAUGGCGCGGCUUCGGCGAGAAGCUGCGCAAGAGCGGCGUCAGACUCCAGACGUCGCCCACUCUCAUUGCGACGGACCAGCUCCCCCCGCCCGGCAGUGACCCCGGGCGCGCUCGCGCGAUGUCGAUGAUCGAGAACAAGAUCCAGAGCAACAUCAGCAAAAGCGGCAAGCCCACCUACAUCCUCGUCCUCCUCUCCGGCGUCGACAAGUUCAUCUACCCGGGGAUCAAGCGACUAUGCGACGUGCAGCUCGGCGUGCACACGAUGCACAUGCUCACGGACAAGGUGCUGCGCGGGUGGCCGGAGGACAUGAACAAGCAGGACCAGUACUUCUCGAACGUGGCGCUCAAGCUGAACGCGAAGCUCGGCGGCGUGAACCAUCUGCUCGACGCGGAGAGCAUGCGCUGGCUCACGGAGCAGAAGCGGCGGAUUAUGAUUGUCGGUAUGGAUGUGACGCAUCCGAGCCCGGGGAGUAUGGCGGGGACGCCGUCGAUUGCGGCGGUGGUGGCGAAUGUGGACGAGCAGUUUGUGCAGUUUCCGGCGAGUAUGCGGAUUCAGCAGAGUAAGAAGGAGAUGAUCACGGAUCUUACAGAGAUGAUGGUCGAGAGGCUGGUAGCGUAUCAGGGUAAGAACAAGACGCUCCCGGACCGCAUUUAUCUCUAUCGCGAUGGCGUUUCGGAGGGCCAAUUCGAUAGUGUCCUUGUGCAAGAACUGCCUAAAGUCCAAGAGGCGUUCAAGAAGGUCGGCACCGGCACACUCGCUGGUGCCAAAGCGCAGGCGUAUAAACCGAAACUCACGAUCAUCGUCUGCGGCAAGCGCCAUCACGCGCGCUUCUAUCCCACCGACUCCCGGCAUGCUGAUAAGAACGGCAACACUCAACCGGGGACUAUCGUUGACCAGGGCGUCACCACUGUGUACGACUUCGAUUUCUACCUCCAAGCACACGCCGGUCUACAAGGCACCGUGAAACCCACGCACUACACCGUCAUCUACGACGAGAACAAGCUCGGCGCAAACGAGAUCCAGCAGGGCACGCACACCUACUCGUACCUGUACGCGCGCGCGACCAAGGCCGUGAGCCUCGUGCCCGCGGCGUACUACGCGGACCUCGCGUGCGAGCGCGGGCGGUGCUAUCUGAACGACUUGCUCAACGCGGACGAGCAGCAGUCGAGCGCGGGCGGGUCGACGAGCGGGGCGCCGAGGCGCCCGCGGAACCAGCAGGAGAAGGAGGCGGAGGAGCAGAGGGUGUUUGAGAGGGCGGAGAGGCUGUGGGGGAACGGGGUGCAUCCGGAUUUGAGGGGGUCGAUGUUUUAUAUCUAGGGUGUUGGGGUUUGUGUUUUGUUUUGUGCAUUGUUUUCGUGUUUGUAGACUGUUUUCUGUAUUGUACAUUGUACAUGUAUUUUAUGUGCGACUUCCGUUCCAGUAUGUAAUUCAUGAGUUCUCG